AUGAGCAAGGUAGUUGGUGGAGUUCGUAAGGUCGUUCAUGUGUUUGAGGAACAGGCGGUAAUUAAACCCAAGUCGUCAGCCCAUUGCCAUAGGUCCUCUUCACAAGAUGGGAAUAAAGUGGCACAUGAUCUGCACAAGUUAAAGCCCUUCUCUCCUGUUAUUGGACGAUCCCACAAUUCGUUUGUGGGGAUUCCAUCUGACCCGUUAGAGAAUUUAAAUGAGGAAUUGUUUUCUGAAUGGCUCAAACGACAUCAAAAGAAUAUUGCAUUGCAUUUCCCAACAGUUGAUGAUACACCUGCAGUUGAACCUGUGGAGAAUAUGUGUCAACAAAGUGACACAUUUUAG